AUGGAAAGCCAAGAAUUUAUUGUACUGUAUACUCAUCAAAAGAUGAAGAAAUCAAAAGUGUGGCAAGAUGGAAUUCUGAAGGUCACUCACUUAGGAAACAAAGCAACUUUAUAUGAUGACAAAGGACAAUGUUUGGAGAGUUUAUUUCUGAAGCGUCCUGAGGUGAACCCUGGAGAUGACUUAGAAAGUGAUCGGUACUUAAUCACAGUGGAGGACAUGCAAGUUGCUGGGAGCAGAGCUGUUCACCAGGAGGCGCCCACGCUCCAUCCAAGGCAGCUGAUGUCCUCUGGCCAGUCCCUCAGAUGCCAGCCUGCUGGCUUGAAAAGGAAGUUCACUGGUUUUCAAGGACCACGUCAAGUGCCAAAGAAAAUGGUUAUUAUGGAAGAUGGUGAAUCUGCUGCGUCACUGGAGGCUGCAAACCAUGAUCCUAUUUUUCUUUCUCCAUUCUCCCGCGCACCUCCUUUGUUUUCUGUUACUGGCAAGAAAGACGUAAACAGUGUGCUGGUAUACCCCAAGGACACUGUUGUCUACAAGGACCCAGGGAGAAAUGGCCCACCUCUCUCUUCAGUUGGCUUGGCCCCGUCCUUCAAGGGCGAUGCAGAGGUGCUGUGGGGAGAGGAGCACUCCGUUCCUUUACUGGCCAGUGAGCCCACGGAAAGAGGUAGUUUGGCAUCUCACUGUUUAGGAGCUGCACAGAACGUCAGGAGCAAAGCACAGAUCCUAGCUCUUCUGAGGUCCAAAUCAACCAGUACGUCCAAGGAAGUAAAUUCUGCCGUGACAGGACAUUUCCCUCAGGUGCAGCCACAAGGAAGUUUAAAAAUUCCCACUAAUCUGAAGUGCUUAACUGAACAGGAAGAGUGUGUAGAGGGGAGCACAGAAAGUUUGCAGUACCAGCAACCGUCCAAAAAUAGUGUGAGAAAUAAAAGCCGGUGGGCUGUAUAUUUAUCCUCGCAGAGCUCACCUGUUCAUGCUUCUGCUGUAGACGGAAAUGAUCUAGAAAGGAAACCCAAACCUCUGGGAGAUAGCAUAAAUUUAAAUUUGAGAGACCUUUUGGUACAAAAAAGGAUGAGUUUUUUUGAAACAGAUGCUGAAAAUGGGAAAAAGUAUAAUGAAGACAAGCUAGUAAACAAUACUGAUCCAUCCUGGGAUCGGGAAGUAAAAUUACAAAUUCCUUCAUUCUGUGAAAGCAACAGCUUACCCGUUACCUGUGGUAAUGUGGAAAAUUAUGGCUUAGUAUCAAAAUCUGAUGUUCCAGAAAAUACUAAAAUACUUGUCAAUCAAAAUGACCCCAUGUGCACAAAAGGCUCACUCAUUAGAGAAAAUGCUCAGGAGAUAAAUACAUGUGGAGUACCCAAGAAGGAGUGUGAACAAACAGUGUCUCAGCAGCCAGAAUCUGACCGUCUACAAAUGGAAUCUUUGCUAAGUAGCAGUUCUAGGACCUCUGAUGGUGUUACUGACAUGUUUUCUAGAAGGAAUGCUGAUUGUGAAAGUCUUAGUAUGCAUGAACCCAAGAGCAACGUAACACAACCAGUUUUAGCGGUAAAUUUUAAUCUGAACAAUUUUGAAACCAGUGAUAGUGAGGAGGAACCCCAGGAAAGCCACGGAAUGGCCCAGGAUCCAGAGGGCUGGGAAAAGGACACCUUGGCCAACGACUGCAGUUCAGGUGUUUGGAAGAAUUGUGAGGCUGCACGCUGUGCAGAAGGUGGCAACGCACCUCUGCCCCCCUUAAUGCCUGUUGGGGGUGAACCUACAGAGACGUUUCCUGCCGAAGAGACUCUGCCGUCACAGCUCGGGGGUGAAGCUGCAGAUGGAGUGGACGUGUGGAGUGACCCAGCUCUGGAGUGGCCCAGUGAUGUGUACGUGGGCAGUGAGGAUGGUGAUACACCCGCCCAAAAAGCGAGAAGUAACUGCCAUUUUGCUUCACUCCCAAAUAAAUCUAAAGGUACAAAUUCGAACUUACAUAUUCGUCAUUUUUUAGACACAGACACUAACCAGAUUCCUGAAAACAACCUAUUUUCAGAACAGACUCAGCAACAGCCUUUUAUUAUGGGAAGUGACUUAGAUGAAAAUGAUGACCAGGUUUUACUGUCGACCCCUGAUAGUGACAACAGCAUCCAGCUAUUAAAUGCCAGUGAGAGUUACACAGAAGGGUGUGUUGCUCUCGAUAAAUCAGACCCCCAAGUUUCCCAUUUUUCAUUUUACCCUCUGGGAAGAAAGCAAUCUAUUUCCAAAGACACAGAAGCACAUGUUCCUGAAUCUGAAGAUGUGGGAGGGAUUCCAAGUUUAGCCCAUGACCAUACUGAAGGAGAUACUGCUGGAGAAAACAGACAAUACUGGAAGAGUCCUAGGAAUUCUCCAGAGCCUUCUGGAUUAGUAAAGAGCAUUUCCCUUUUAAAGUCGUUGUCUGAACACACUACAGCUUUAGAAGGCUUGGAAACACUGAAAAAGAAACAUGCUGCCGUUGCGCUGCGAGGAGCGCUGCAGACCUGUGAGCCAGCGAGCAGCCCUGAAGCUGGGAAACCACUGGUUAGAGCAGUUUCACCAGCUGUUUCCAAGUCUCAUCUGAACCGGGAUCCUCGGCAGUGCUCUGCUCCGCCGACGGUGGGAGAAGAUGCAGUUGGAGCAGGUGCACCAUGGCAGUCUUUGCAGUUCUUUUCCUUGGGAAGUGAAGAAGGGCCAGCCUUUGCAACUGUUACUCCUAAACAAAUUGCAAGAGAAACCCGGGACCCUCAGCCCGUUGAGUUUCAAGGGCAUCGAGUGCAGGGGUCGGCCACCAGCGCUGUGAUGGUCCGAGGGCGCAGCUCCUGGCCGGCCUGCGGCCAGGCUGCGGGCCACUUCCUGCAGGACGGCCACGAGGCGGACGUGCGCCCUCCAGCAGCAGGGCCGCCUGGCGCUUGCCCUCAGGCUGCCUUCUUGCAGUUCCCAGAUGAAGAAAACUUUCCAAAAGGAGGUGAUAUCUUUCAUAUUGAAGACAAUUCUCAAGUGGUAGCUGAGUCUAAUAAGGACUCAAUUGAAAGUGAUUCAAUUUUAGAUUUUCCUCCUAAAGAUUCAGAACUUUCACAUCAUUAUUUGGAUUAUCAUUUUAAAUCAGCAGAGAGGACUUCAUGGGAAGCAUAUAAGGUGACAUCACCAGAGCCAAAGUUCUCUGUGUCAAACCCCAUGUCUACUUUUUCUUGGAGCUCCCGAGAUGGGGACUUCGAGCUAGAAUCCUCUGAGGAGUCCCUGAGAGCCAGGACUUCACCAGUAACGACAAAUUUCAGCUCCCCGGAGAAUCAGGACCUUCCAAGGCCUCCUAUAUUAAGUAGGGCCCGAGCCCCGCUUGUCACAGUGCCCGCAGCGCCCGGGCCUGAGGACCGGAGUGAAGCCUUCUGCCAGGCGUCCAGGGACAUAGCCCCAGAGGCUGCUGCGUGUCUCCGCCAAACGCCUGCUCAAAGCAAGUGGCUGAAGUAUCAGAGCACAGCCCGCAGCGGCCUUCUGACUCCAAGCGGAGCCAAGCUGGCCGCCCCAGCUGGCUCUGCCCCGGCGGCUCUGGGGAUGUGCUGUGGCGCCGCAGAGGGGAGCCUGGGCCCCGCCGUGGGGGGCGGCCCCGUGGAGCACAGCCCUGUGGCCUCCACGCACCUGCAGGUGCUGCGAGGCGCGCUCCGCCGGCGGCAACUGGGCGCCGGCCCCCAGGACUGGGUUUGCAGAAACAAAGCCCUUUCUCUAAGCUCAAAGCCAACUUCGGAGGCGGAGGACCUUCGGAGCGCAUCAGGAGGGCCCACGUGCUACAGCUGCGGCGCGCCGCAUUCGCAGGAGAUAAGCGUCUCUGAGCUGUGCUUCCCAAGCGAGCAGGAAGUAAAAUCCGCUUGUGUUCCCCGAAGGCAGAUUCACAUACCAGCGGUGUUUCAGUCUCUGGCGCACUACAAGCAGGUCUUCACGUCCUGCCUCACAGAACAUCUGAAUAUAUUGCUGUUUGGGUUGGCACAGAGGCUGCACAAAGCUCUCUCAGCAGCUGACAUAUCAUUUUACACGUCGAACAGAGAGAACCUGAAAACUGUAGAAAAUAAGGCGCCAUCCUGCCAUCACCAUCAACCGGCAAAACUUGUCCCGGUUAAAAAGGAAGGUCCAAAUAAGGGUCGUCUUUUUUAUACCUGUGAUGCACCCCAAGCUGACCGAUGCAAGUUUUUUAAGUGGCUCGAAGACGUGACCUCAGGACAUUUGACACAGGAGGAGCCCCCGCCCGCCACCGUGCUGAGCGACGCGAAGAGCAUCGGCGUGUACUUAAGACGCCGCCAAGUGCCCCUCUACGAGGAGUCCCGGCUCCUGGUGAGAAAAGGAUUUGAUUUUCAAAGAAAACAGUAUGGCAAACUGAAGAAGUUUACGGCUGUAAAUCCUGAAUUUUAUAAUGAACCUAAAAGCAGACUUUAUCUUAAGCUGAGUCGGAAGGAAAGUUCUUCGACUUACAGCAAAGACGACCUGUGGGUGGUGUCCAAAACCCUGGACUUUGAGUUGGACACGUUCAUUGCGUGCAGCGCUUUCUUUGGGCCGUCCUCUGCCAACGAGGUGGAGCUGCUACCUCUGAAAGGCUACUUUCCUUCCCGCUGGCCCACGGACGCGGUGGUCCACGCCCUGCUGGUCGGGAACGCCAGCACGGAGCUGACCGCCUUGAAGAACCUCCGGGACUGCCUGAACCCUGCCACCCUGCCUCUCACGCAGCACCUGUUAGCCAUGCCUUCAUCGACUGCAGUUAGCAACAAGAGAGUGGAUCGAAGAAAAUUCUCCCCUCCAGCCUUCUCACACGCCAGCCCAGAACGUGGCCUGCCCAGCCUGGGGGCAGCACUGCAGGCGGCCAGCGAGGUCGCCCGGGCACACAAGCUGAACGAGGAUCAGGCUGCAGCUCUCGCCCAGGUAGCUCGCACGGUGGCAUCGCGCGGGCCUGCCGAGGAAGGGGAGGGGCCACGCCCCUGUGUCCCCGCCAUCACCAUGGUCCACGGUGUUUUUGGAGCAGGAAAGAGUUAUUUGUUGGCAGUGGUGAUUUUGUUCUUGGUGCAGCUGUUUGAAAAGAGUGAAGCUCCUGCAGUUGGAAAUACAAGACCGUGGAAGCUUCUAAUUUCUUCUUCCACUAAUGUAGCUGUUGACAGAGUACUGCUGGGGCUUCUCAGUCUUGGAUUCGAAAAAUUUGUCAGAGUCGGGAGUGUUAGGAAGAUCGCCAAGCCUGUCCUCCCUUACAGCGUGCAUGCUGGCUCCGCAAACGAGCAGCUGAAAGAGCUGCAGGCGCUGAUGAAAGAAGACCUGAGCCCCGCGGACAGGGUCCACGUGAGGAAGGGCAUCGAGCAGCACAAACUGGGGACCCACAGGACGCUGCUGAGGCAGGUCCGUGUGGUCGGAGCCACCUGUGCGGCCUGCCCCUUCCCCUGCAUGGACGGCCUGCGGUUCCCGGUCGUGGUGCUGGACGAGUGCAGCCAGAUGACCGAGCCAGCCUCGCUGCUGCCCGUCGCACGGUUUGAGUGUGAAAAGCUGAUUCUUGUUGGAGAUCCCAAACAGCUUCCUCCCACUAUUCAGGGAUCCGACGCAGCUCACGAACAUGGAUUGGAACAAACUCUUUUCGAUCGACUUUGCUUAAUGGGUCACAAGCCAGUGGUGCUGAGAACCCAGUACCGAUGUCACCCUGUCAUCGCUGCUGUCGCUAACGACCUGUUCUACGGCGGCGGCCUCAGGAACGGUGUGUCGGAGACGGAGCGGAGCCCGCUGCUGGCGUGGCUCCCCACCCUGUGCUUCUAUGACGUGCAGGGGCAGGAGCAGACUGAAGGAGGGAACAGCUUUUACAACAUGGCAGAAGCCGCCUUCACGCUGACGCUGAUUCAAUCACUGGUUGCCGGCGGAGUGGUGGGCUCCGCGAUCGGGGUCAUAACGCUGUACAGGGCCCAGGUGGGCCAGCUGUGCCACUUGCUCAGGGCCGUGGCCUUGGACCAGCCCAGCCUGCGGGCCGUGCAGGUGUCCACGGUGGAUGCCUUCCAGGGGGCGGAGAAGGAGGUCAUCAUCCUGUCCUGUGUGCGGACAAGACAGGUGGGCUUCAUCGACUCAGAACCGAGGGUGAACGUGGCCUUGACCCGAGGAAGGAGGCACUUGCUGAUUGUGGGGAACGCGGCCCGCCUGCGGAAGAACCGGCUGUGGGGCCGUGUGAUCCAGCACUGUGAAGGGAGGGAAGGCGGGUUGCAGCAGGCGAGCCAGUGUGAGCCGCAGCUGAACCAGCUCCUUAAAGAGCAGUCUGAGCACCAAGCAGAAGCAAAGCAGAAGAGGAGGAGAGAGAAGGGCGGACCUGGAGACAGAGCCCACCUGCAAAAGGGCGCAGAGCCUUUGGAUUUGUAG